CUGCUAUAUCAGCAAAGCUUAACAAGAAGAAGAAAAAAAUAAUACAUAUAUUCUUCUUCUUUUAAAUUUUUUAUUUUAAAUAACACAAAACAAAAAGAAGAAAAGAAGAGAGAGAGAGGAAAGAAAUUAUAUUAAUGGCAAAGUUGUAUGGUGGCAGAUAUCACAUUGAAGAAGUGCAAUAAAAGGGGACCUGUAAUAGUUAGGUAGGUCUGGGUUUUUAUAGUGCUUUCAAGGCUUUGUUUUCUUUUUCUUUUCUUUCUUAAUGACUUAGCCUUGGGUUCAAUUCCAAAGGAACAAAAAUAAAAUUAACUUCUCCUCUUCAUUGUAUAUAUGAAUCCAAUGCAACAGGCAAUGAUGAUCCUGAUGUUUAAUGUGUAAGAAGGCUAAGGGGCCUCCUGUUUAUGCAGGUUAAUUAACCCUCUUCACCCACCCUUCUUUCUCACCAUUAAUUAACAACACAGUUACCAUUUCAUAGACACAGAUAGAGAUAGAGAUAGUGAGAGAGAGAGAUAAAGAAGGGUCAUUUUCUCUAUUACCUUUUCUUCUUUGUAUGGGUUUUUGGUGCAAGUGAUAUCAAGAAAACACAAGUCAGAUUUUUCCUCGUUGUUCUUUUCUGUGUUCUUUCUAGUAAUGGUUUGUUAGUUUUCUCAGCCUCUUUUCUUUUUUUCUUCUUUCUCUUGGAUAAGAAAUGGGAUUCCUAUCGAGAAAAAGAAAGUUCCCACUUCUUCUCCUUCCUCCUCUUGCUCUAGUUAUUGUUUUGUUCGAAAGGGUUACAUUGGUUUCAAGUCUAAAUUACACAAAUUACAGGCAAGUUAGUAGUUUAAGACUUCAAAGAAUUCAAAGGCAUCUAGACAAAAUUAACAAGCCUCCUGUUAUGACCGUACAGAGCCCAGAUGGCGAUACCAUAGAUUGUGUUCAUAAAAGAAAACAACCUGCUCUAGACCAUCCUCUUCUGAAAAAUCACAAGAUCCAGAGGGUUCCAUCAGAAUGGCCUAAAGUGAGAGAGUUGAAAGAAGAAGAGGUGAAGGACCCUAAAUUUAAGGGCAACAGUGAUGAAGGAGAAAGAGGUGCAUGGCAAAUGUGGCAUAGGAAUGGGACAAGGUGCCCUAAAGGAACCGUCCCUAUACGACGCAGUAAAAUGCAUGAUGUAUUGAGAGCCAACUCUUUGUUUGACUUUGGCAAGAAGCAACAGCACCGUUCGAUCUCUCUUGCUAGACGUACCGAUCCUCCGGAUGUAGUUAGUGGCAAUGGACACGAGCAUGCGAUCGCCUACACCGGAUCAUCACAAGAAGUGUACGGAGCCAAGGCCACUAUUAACGUGUGGGACCCUUCCGUUCAAGUGGUCAACGAGUUUAGCUUAUCACAGAUCUGGAUUCUAUCGGGAUCAUUCGACGGUUCAGAUCUCAAUAGCAUAGAAGCUGGGUGGCAGGUCAGUCCGGAGCUUUAUGGUGACAGCAGGCCCAGAUUGUUCACUUAUUGGACAAGUGAUUCAUAUCAGGCAACAGGAUGCUACAACCUUCUAUGUGCAGGAUUUGUGCAAACCAAUAGCAGAAUAGCAAUUGGAGCUGCCAUUUCUCCUGUAUCAUUCUAUGGAGGCAACCAAUUUGACAUUACCAUUCUCAUUUGGAAGGAUCCGAAACUAGGGAACUGGUGGAUGGGAUUCGGUGACAAUACCCUAGUAGGGUACUGGCCAGCUGAGUUAUUUACACACCUAGCAGACCAUGCCACAAUGGUGGAGUGGGGUGGUGAAGUGGUGAAUUCCAGGGCUAAUGGUGCGCACACUUCCACCCAGAUGGGCUCCGGCCAUUUCGCGGAAGAUGGGUUCGGAAAAGCUAGCUAUUUCAGGAACCUGGAGAUCGUGGAUUCUGAUAAUAGCCUCACCUCAGCUCAGGAUAUCUCCAUACUAGCUGAGAAUACAAAUUGUUACAAUAUCAAGAGCUCCUAUAACAACGAAUGGGGCACAUAUUUUUACUACGGCGGACCCGGGAACAACCCGCAGUGCCCAUGAUCAUCAUUGUCACUGUCAUCACCAUUAUCAUCAUAUAUAAUUUCUUAGUCAGCACGUAAAAUCUCUAUUAACAAAUUCUUUAAUUAUGUAAUUAUAGUUGUGCUAUUUCCAUUCUUGUUUGUGCUAGCUCUUUAAUAUUUUUGUUUUUUCUCUUUUGGGUCUUAUUUUUGAGGAAGGAAUGUGCCUUAACUAAAUAACACAAAGGCAUAAACAGGCAUGGAAAUAGCAAUGUUUUGGUUAGCUAUCUCUUAUAUGUUGAUUUUUAGUUGCUAUUAUGUGAAACGUUUUUAUCUUUUUUA